ACAUAAAUAAUUUUCAAUUUCACAACUCUGCGUUAAACUCCCCUGUUUGUUCUGCGACCAAAAUCCAAACAUUGACGGAGUUUACAACAAAACCCUUCAAACCCCAAAAUCUAAAUUGCGUUAAAGUUCACAACUUGGAUCUCACAUUACAUAGUUAGUCAUAACUUCAUUGUUCCCACCAAAAAUCUCAUUAUGGCCAUGGUUUUCAAGUCAAUGGCUGCUUCAUCUGUGAGACAAUCUACUACUAUAUUUGUAAACCCUUUGAAUCACCGUGUUUCAAAUCUUGGAUUUUGUUACAAGGGAGAACAGAAAUGGAAAAAUGGGUUUAAGGUUUCAGCAACAGUGGAAUUGGGUGUUGAGGGUUUAAAAAGAACAACAAGCAAUGUUGUUGUUCCAUUGGAAGGAGGAACUUUGGGUUUGGAUAUGGUUUCAGAAGGAGAUUUAAUGGUGAAGGGUUUUAAAGGGUUGAGGAAAACAAAGCUUGUUUGCACUGUUGGUCCUGCUUGUAGUUCAUUGGAGGAUUUAGAGAAAUUGGCAUUGGGAGGAAUGAAUGUUGCAAGGCUUAAUAUGUGUCAUGGUACUAGAGAAUGGCACCGUGAUGUUAUUAGGAAGAUUAAGAAGUUGAAUGAGGAAAAGGGUUUUUCUGUUUCUGUUAUGAUUGAUACUGAGGGUAGUCAGAUUCAUGUUGUUGAUCAUGGAGCACCUUCCUCGGUUAAAGUUGAGGAAGGUUCAAUUUGGUUGUUUACAGCUGAUAAAUAUGAGGGUUCUCGUCCAUUGACAUUUCAAGCAAACUAUCCAGGUUUUUCCGAAGGCAUUGAAGUAGGUGAUGAACUUGUUAUUGAUGGUGGAAUGGCAUGCUUUGUAGUCACUGAAAAAAUCGGAAAAGAUUUGCAUUGUAAGUGCACAGAUGCUGGUCUUUUCUUACCUGGAGCCAAAUUUAGUUUCUGGAGAGACGGAAAGCUUGUAAGGAGGAAUUACAAUCUCCCUACAGACCGUACUCUAUCAACUAAGGAUUGGGCUGACAUUAACUUUGGUAUAGCUGAGGGUGUUGAUUUUUUUGCCCUAUCCUUUGUCAACCAUGCCGACUCUGUUAAGGAUUUAAAGAAAUACCUCUCUGGUAAAUCAACCAAAUCCAUAAAAGUAGUGGCAAAGAUAGAAAGCUUAGAAUCCCUUCAUAAUCUGGAGGAAAUAGUGAAAGCUUCGGACGGAAUCAUGGUAGCUCGUGGUGACCUUGGAGUCGAAAUACCACUUGAACAGAUUCCUACAGUCCAGGAGGAUAUAAUUAACAUUUGCAGACAACAGAAUAAGCCAGUGAUUGUAGCUUCUCAGCUUCUUCAGUCAAUGGUUGAGUAUCCAACUCCAACUCGUGCCGAGGUAGCCGAUGUUUCUGAAGCGGUUCGACAGUAUGCCGAUGCUUUGAUGUUAUCUGCCGAGUCAGCUAUUGGUUCAUUUGGACAGAAAGCAUUGGCAGUGUUGGAUAUGACUAGUAGUAGAAUGGAAUCAUGGAGUAGGGAGGAAAACAGACAAAGUCUUCUCGAUCACCAUAAACUUGGAGCAUCAUUGCCAGAUUGCAUCACUGAGCAAAUAUGCAAUUGUGCUGUUGAAAUGGCCAAUAAACUUGGUGUGGAUGCAAUCUUUGUGUACACAAAGCAUGGAUACAUGGCAUCAUUACUAUCACGCAACCGACCAGAUCCUCCCAUCUUUGCUUUCACCGAUGACGAGAGUACUCGAAUGGCUCUAAAUUUGCAAUGGGGUGUUGUACCACUUCUUGUUGAUUUAUCAGAUGAUGCUGAAUCCAACAUCUCAAAAUCAGUUCAGCUUAUGAAAUCCAAAGGGUUGAUCAACAAAGGAGAUGUUGUUCUAGUGGUCUCAGAUGUUGCUCCAACACGUUCAACUCCAAUGGCUCUCCAAUCAAUUCAGGUUAAGACCAUUAUCUAGAAUGCAUGGCUGCAAAAAAUAUUGAAAAGACAUGUGUCUCUUUGUAUUUUCUUGGCUUGGAGGUAGGAUAUUGUUGUUAUUGUAUUCCUAGUUUGUUGUCCUUAUAUGACAAUACAAUUAUGUUAUUUGAACAUCAAAAUACAGACACAACGUUGUAUAUGUUUAUCUUUAUUUCUUUUA